GUCACACGGAGGGCUGCUGUCUCUUUAAUGAAAAAGUUCAACAUCCAACGAAAGUCUGUCGGGGCAGCAAAAUGGACCUGAAGGAGCUGACUGUGAACGCGUUGGGCCAGAAUAAGAGAGCCGCUCUCCUCCUGGUCGGCGGUGCUGGUGUUGCUGUUCUGGGAUUUGGUCUCGGAUAUAAAUACCUGCGAAAGCCAGAAAAAGUUGUGCGUGUGGGCGUCGUGUCGCAGCUCCUCAUUUACCCUCUGAAGUCUGGCAGAGCGGUGUCUGUGGCUCUCGCAGAAUGCCAGGAAAUGGGUCUGAAGUUUGGAGAGCUGCAGGAUCGACACUGGCUCGUGGUCACAGAGGACGGUCACAUGGUGACGGGCAGACAGGAGCCUCGUCUGGUGUUGGUGUCUCUGACCUGCGAGGGAGGUCACCUUUGUCUGAACGGCCCAAACAUGGAGGAGCUGCGAUUCUCCAUCAAACAGCCCGACAACCCCGUCAUCAACUGCAGAGUGUUUGGAGAUGACAUUCAGGGACGGGACUGCGGCGACAAAGCGUCUUGCUGGCUCACUCAUUAUCUUGGGGCAGAGAAAACCUUUCGCUUGGUGCACUUUGAACCCCAGAUGAAGGCAAGGAGGUCGGUGGAGAUCGAGCCUCUUUUCCCACAAUACGAAAAGGUGGCCUACCCAGAUGUUGGACCUGUGAUGCUGCUGUCCGAGUCCUCCGUCAAGGAUCUCAGCAGCAAGUUGGAGAACGAUGUCACGGUGGAGCGUUUCCGCACAAACAUCGUCAUUAGUGACUGUGAAGCAUUCGAGGAGGAUUCAUGGGAAGAGAUCCAGAUUGGCAGCGUGAGACUGCAGCGUGUAAUGUCAUGUGGACGCUGCGUUUUCACUACAGUUGAUCCUGAAACGGGUAUAAUCACCAGAAAGGAGCCUCUGGAAACACUGAAAAGCUAUCGUCUGUGCAAACCAUCCGAGAAGCACAUCUAUAAAUCGUCUCCACUGUUUGGACAGCUGCACACUGUGAAGAAGACGGGCAUCCUGCAGGUCGGCGACGUGGUGUACAAGAUCAGCCGUUGACUGAAGGAGUCGGAGAAGGAAAAACAUGCCGAGAAACAUUUCGUCACUUUUUUUGAAGGGGAAAGAAAUCUUUGUUAUCACUGUAUCAGUCCACACUAAAGAAAGCAUUGAGUGAUUCACAGAGAGACCAACCCACUGAGAUAACACGCAGUUCAGAAUAUAACAUUUAUUCCAGUGCAUUGUAUUAAUUGUCAUGUCAUUGGGCUACAUCUACAUCAGAUGGGCUGUUGUGUAACACUAAUGGUGCUGGAAUUAAACACAUUUCUAACAACUGCGCAUCGAAUUCACUGGUAAUUAAAUCCUGAAAGCACAUGCUGCUAUUAAAGAGAGAAAUGAAACUGCCUAAAGUCUUUGUAAUAUACUUUAUGUAUGUAAUUAUUCCUGGAAUGAACAAGGAAGAGAAACACUGCUGGGAAACAAACCUCUGGUAUUAAAAAAGAAUAGAAUAUUUUAAAUGUUAUCUGUUUAAUUGCUGAUCUUUAAUUCAGAUUAAUAAACUUUCCUCCUAUCCAA